AAGACGCAAAUCCACUACCAAACGGAAAAAGGCAGCCUGAUACGUCUUUUGACUCGGCGUCACUCCUCGCUGUCUUCUAUUAAUAUCAUCACCGGUUCGCAACCCUCGUCUCCGCCCAAGAAGUUUUUCGAACCCCAGCUCAGAUUGGCUCUAAGAUGGAGCUCAAGCCCGGCAUGUCCGCUCUCGUCACCGGCGGCGCCUCCGGAAUCGGUAAAGCACUUAGCUUGGCUCUUGCACAAAAAGGUGUAUGUGUAACUGUGGUUGACAGCUCUGAAGAGAGGGGGAAGGAAGUUGCUCUUUUGAUAGGAAAAGAGAAUGAGAAGUUCCAUCUGAAACUUAAAUUUCCACCUGCUAUGUUUAUCAAGUGUGAUGUGACGAAUGCAAGUGAUGUUGCUGCUGCUUUUGAGAAGCAUGUGGAGACCUAUGGAGGACUCGAUAUCUGUAUCAAUAGUGCUGGAAUUGGCAAUAUUGUUCCAUUUGAUCAAGACAAAACUGAUGGGAAUGGCACAUGGAGACGUACUGUCAAUGUUAACCUGACUGCACUUAUUGAUUGUACACGCAUUGGGAUUCAAACAAUGCUAUCUAGAAAAAAGCCUGGUGUGAUAAUAAAUCUGGGCUCAGCCUCAGGUCUUUAUCCCUUGUAUGCUGACCCUAUUUAUUCUGCUACAAAAGGUGGUGUUGUCUUAUUCACUAGAGCACUUGCUCCACUAAAACGCCGAGGAAUUCGUGUCAAUGUGCUUUGCCCUGAGUUUAUUCAAACUGAGAUGGCAUCAAAGGUGGAUCCUAAACUAAUUAACGCACUUGGUGGCUUCCUCUCCAUGGAGAUGGUUGUGAAUGGUGCAUUUGAGCUUAUUAAAGAUGAGAGCAAGGCUGGUGCUUGUCUAUGGAUCACUAAACGUAAAGGCAUGGAGUAUUGGCCUACACCAAUGGAAGAAAGAAAGUAUUUAUUGCAGCCAUAUAAGUCAAAAAGAAGAUUUGUGUACACUACAGCUUCUAAAAUUGAUUUACCCGAUACUUUUGAGAAAAUGGUUGUCCACACUCUCAAUCAUAAAUUCCGAAGUGCUACUAGCAUUGUUCGAACUAAGUUGAGUUUACCCAUUAAACCACAGCAUGCUCUCGUGAAAGUCAUCUAUGCUGGUGUAAAUGCCAGUGAUGUGAAUUUUAGCUCAGGGCGUUAUUUUGGCGGCAAUAAGAAUGAAGUUGCUGCACGCCUUCCAUUUGAUGCUGGUUUUGAGGCUGUGGGCAUAGUUGCAGCUGUUGGUGAUUCAGUCCAUAUAAAAGUUGGCACUCCUGUCGCUCUUAUGACUUUUGGAAGUUAUGCUGAGUUCACAAUGGUUCCUGCAAAACAUCUUCUUCCUGUACCUAAACCAGAUCCCGAGGUUGUAGCAAUGCUAACAUCAGGUUUGACAGCUUCAAUUGCUCUAGAAAAGGCAGGACAAAUGGAAUCUGGACAAGUAGUUUUAGUUACAGCAGCAGCUGGUGGGACCGGACAGUUUGCAGUUCAGCUUGCAAAAUUGGCGGGAAGCAAGGUGGUUGCAACAUGUGGAGGUGAAAAAAAAGCCGCACUUUUGAGGUCUUUAGGAGUUGAUCGUGUUAUAGAUUAUAAGAAGGAAAAUAUAAAAGCCGUGUUAAAGAAAGAAUUUCCAAAAGGUGUUGAUAUCGUAUAUGAAUCUGUUGGUGGAGAAAUGUUUGAUCUAUCCUUAAAUGCUCUAGCAGUUUAUGGACGACUUAUUAUAAUUGGAAUGAUCUCUCAGUAUCAGGGAGAACAUGGAUGGAAACCAUUGCCAUAUGCAGGGCUUUGUGAAAAGAUUCUUGCAAAAAGCCAAACAGUGGCUGGCUUUUUUCUGGUUCAAUAUGCUCAUUUGUGGCAAGAACAUCUCGACAGGCUUUUUGAUCUCUACUCUUCAGGAAAACUUAAGGUAGCAGUGGAUCAGAAAUUUUUGGGUCUUGGUUCCGUAGCAGAUGCAGUAGAGUAUCUCCAUUCUGGUGAUAGCCUUGGCAAGGUUGUUGUGUGCGUUGAUCCAGCAUUCAAUCAGAAAUCAGCAAAGCUAUAAGUGAUGGGUAUUAUCAUUUGUCAAAUGUUAAGCAAGCAGCAUUAAUAUUGUUUGGGUAUCUCCUCAAAUAGUUACAGACCUGUCCUCCAUAUUGAUCAAAAUAUUUCAGGAAAACAUUGAUCUGGAAUCGGUCUAUCAAGGUAAGAAAUUAAUUGCUACAGGGUGUUUGGAGCUCAAGUUGGAAUAAGAACUCAAAUGAAUGAACAACAAACAACUAUAAGAUGCCUGGUGUUAAACAUAUAGCAAUAAAGUGAUUAUUUUCCUCAAGCAAUAUCAGUGACCCUUCAGAUUUUGUUAUUUGAAA